UUCUCUACAAACUGAAUUUACCUACUAUACAAAUGUCGAAUCUCGGGCCUCUCACUACAGCCUAUCAGGCUCAGGGCACUGGUUGCCACUCGAUACAUAUGGGCUCUAGCCUCGGUGGGAUAUGGUUACAGCAUGGGACCAUCAGCGGCUGCUUUCCGUCAAAUUAUCGGUCCUAUGAUGGCUACUACUAUUCACCUGGCGUUUGUCCAGAAGGAUAUACCUAUGCUUGCACAGGGGCCGCUAUGAGUGGCACGUCGAGUGCUUCUGUUGCUACAUGUUGUCCUAGUGGUUAUGUCUGUAGCCGCGAAGACCAUAGCGAUCCUAAUGCCUGUCAAUCUACUAUGGUGUCACCAAAUUCCUAUAUGGUGGAUUUACUAUCGUAUUCGGGGGGUUCUCCAACAAAGAUUGGCACAACUACUGCCUCUUUUGGUAGUGGCGCCAUAGUCUUUGCUAAGGGGCUCGCUGUAUGGAGAGCCAGCAAUGACGCCGAGUGGUUUGCGUCAGCUACUCUAAGCUCAACUACGGAUGAAAACACAAUUCGAACACCACUAAGCGUACCAACCACGACAGUUAAUGUACAAAAUGCGACACCUACACCGGCCGCCGAAACUAACAAUCUUAGUGUCGGUGCAAAGGUAGGUAUCGGCCUCGGCGUAUCGCUCGGUGUACUUUUCUUUAUCAGUACUACUUUAGCAGCAUACAUAAUUGGCAGACGGAAGGGCCGUCGUAUAAAUAAAUUUGCAGGAUCAAACACCAGUGGCAGCGAAGGAAAAUACGGCUCUGGGGUCCCAGAGGAGCAGUUUAAUGAACAGAGGAGCAUGGUAGAGAUGAGUGCUGAUAGAGAACCAGCGGAACUAAUGAGUUUACAGCGCUAGCCAGCCUUUGUUCAAAGCUUUCAAUGUUACUAUCAGAU